GCCGCUGGACUCGGAGCGACUGCAGUCGGCCGCCGGCGACUCGGACUCGGACUACCUGGACGGCUCGGGCAUGGAUAUGGACCUGGAGAUGCUGGGCAUUACCGAGGGGUGGGGGCCGUCGCCGGCCCGGCGAACCUCAGCCGGCCCAGCCGACUUCGCCACAAUCAUCGAGAAGGUCAAAGACUGCGGCUGGUACUGGGGGCCGAUCAGCUGUUCGUCGGCAGAGGCCGUGCUGAAGAACGAGCCGGACGGCUCCUUCAUCGUCCGCGACAGCAGCGACGACCGCUACAUCUUCUCGCUGACGUUCAAGCUGCGCGGUCUCAUCCGCCACGCCCGCAUCGAGCACAACAACGGCAACUUCAGCUUCGGCGGCAUGCACAAGUUCCGCAGCAACACGAUCGUCGACUUCAUCGAGAACGCAGUGGAGUACUCGCGCAGCGGGCGCUACCUCUUCUUCCUGCACCGCCGGCCGGCGCAGGGGCCCAUGCGCGUCCAGCUGCUGCACCCCGUCUCGCGCUUCAAGCACAUCCAGAGCCUGAAGCACCUCUGCAGGUUCGUCAUCCUGAAGCACAUUCCGAGGGACCACAUCGAUCAGCUGCCACUGCCCGAGCCUCUCAAGCAGUACCUGCGCUCGCCCUGCUACUUCUCCGAGCAGCUCGAGGAGUCGUGAGAACGGAGGCGACGUCUGGUGACCGCCGCGCGCAGCCGCGCCUGUCCGCCGGCCGGAUAGAUGGCAGCAUGGUUGCGCCGCCCGCCUGCGGUUACCGCGAGCCUGGUCAGGUCCCGCCGAGGCCAGUUUCAGCCAGUGUGUACGCGGCUGGGUGCGGCUGACCGCGAGGUACCACUCUGAGGUCACUGCGUGUGGUCUCCGACACGAAGAGUCGUCGGAUGGAUGGGGCGAUACGUCCGGCAGGGAUAUGCGUGGUCUGCUGUAUCGCCGUGGGUUUCUGCGAUAUCGACGAAUACCGCCUUCUGCAUUUCAACAAAGUUCGCUGUGCGUACAGCGUGGAUGUAGAAGUCACCUGCAGCCGUGCUGUGCAUUGUUACAUUUCAAGCACAUUUGUAAUGCUCUCUUCAUUGCUUCAGCUUUGUCGUAGUUUUUGACACGUUGUGUGCUGUGAUCGCGGUUCGUGUGCGUCCCUGUGACAUUGCGCGCCCUCGUUUCGUGGCGCAGCGUGCUCGUUUCAUGUACCGACCAUCACUAGCGUG